AUGGGAACUUGUUCUGUUUUUGGUGCGUUUUAUCCCUUGGGGCAAAUUUGUGGCAGCUUUUUAUUAUGCAUAUUAAAGUUUAGUGUGCGAUUUGAGAUUUAUGGUUUCGUUUUCACUUUUGGAGAAUUUUCUGAGCAUUUUUUAACAAUUUCGCAAGGAUUUACAUCAGAGAAGAAACAUUGA